AUAGUCUCUGACCACAUGGCAGUUUCAAAAAUUAAAAUGAAACUUAAGCUGAAUCCCCUAAAAGUGCCUGUCUUUCACAACAAGAGAGAUAAAGGUUUACCAGGAUCUCUUCCAGGCUAUUUACAACAUAAAGAAAGGAAGUUGAACCCUUCGCAACUGGAAGCCUUCCAAGAUGCCUACAACUACUUCACCAAGGAUAAAACUGGUUGUAUUGAUUCACAUGGAUUGAUGUGCACCUUAGCUAAAUUGGGGAUGAAUCUAACCAAGUAUGAUAUCUAUAAUGAGUUAAAAUGUGCUGAUCUUGACCAGGAUGGUAAAAUAAACUUCUCAGACUUUAUAAAGGUGCUAACAGAUCAGAAACUCUUCCUCAAGGCUGUGGUUCCAGAAAAGAAAAUAUGUUUGGAUUUAACUAACAACCCAGGGAUCCUACUAUUUGAAAUCCUAUCACAACUCAUAGAGAUGUCAGCCCUACCCAAAAAAACCAUAGUAGAGAUGGUAAGCUAUUUCCGAAAAAAAUUCCAGGAAAGCAAUUCAGAAAUACUGUGGAGUCCCUAUGGAAAAAGAAGGUUUAAGCCAGAUAUAUGCACACCUCCACGCUCAAGCAUGGAUGCCUUUGCUAAUUCUGCCCGGAUUUCAAUAAUGAAAGAGAAGGAUUUAUUUAAGUUCCUUGAAGAGCUCAAGAGAUGCAAUCUCCCUACAGGUAGCCCAUACUCAAAAAUACCUGUCUUUCCAUUGCUUCCUGCUGUGGAUGGGGUGGUGAUGGGAAAGCCAUUCAAAGAUAUACAGAAAUUCGAAAUGCUAAGGAGAAAGGAGCCUCUGCAUUUCUUUGAGGACUAUUUUUUCAAUAAGAGAGAUUGGAAAACACAGGCAAUGAAUAUAAAGUCUAUCAAGUCUGCCUCAGGCUAUUCUGAUGAAAUCUUAGCCAUUGACCAACUAUUCAAGAGAAAGCAACACUGGACAGUAUCAGAUGCAGCUGCUAUUAAACAGCACGUAAAGAAAGCUACAGAUACCUAUAAUUUAGGAAUUGCCCUUGAACACCGGAAAGAAAUGCUGAAUCUCUGGAGAAAGGUCCGAGGGGAUUUGAUUGGAAUAGACACUAAGAAUGAGUCCUUUUAUGACACCUUUUCUAUUUACACAUGGUCCUGGAAUGUUUGCCAAGAAUUACUUUCUCCUAAGGACUUACGCUUACAUGAUGCCUACGUGAACAGGAAUUCCUCCAGCAACUCUGGAUUCUCUUCCUCAUCAAAUCUCAGUGAAUAUGACCUAGAGUCAGGAAGGAAAAGAAAACGGAAAGGCUUCAAAGGAUUUCGACAGUGA